AUGGAUGUGGGCGUGACGCUGGAUGUGGGCGUGACGUUGGAUGUGGGUGUGAUGUUGGUUGUGGGCGUGAUGUUGAUUGUGGGCGCGACGCUGAUGUGGGCGACGCUGGAUGUGGAGACCUCACAGUGCUGUUUCUGCCUCAGUGCCGGCAAGGACGCGCAGGAAGGCUUAAGGCCCAUUUCACACUCUGCGGUUUCGCCGCAUGUAGAUGCGGUGUGGUGCAGGACAUUGCAGUCGACUGAUACCUCUUAUGCACCUCUUCACACUAUGCGGUUGCGGCGAAUUCGCCGGUCCGACGCCGGAUUGCACGUUCUGCGCCCCACUGGACUUGUCCGGAACCGCGCCCUGCUCACUACAAACUCCUCCACCAGCGUCCACCAGAGUCCACCAGAGUCCACCAGCCUCCACCAGCGUCCACCAGCGUCCACCAGCCUCCACCAGCGUCCACCAGCGUCCACCAGCGUCCACCAGAGUCCACCAGAGCCCACCAGCGUCCAGAGUCCACCAGCCUCCACCAGUCACAGAGCCACCAGCGUCCACCAGAGUCCACCAGCCUUCCACCAGGUCCACCAGGUCCACCAGCGUCCACCAGUCCACCAGUCCACCAGAGUCCACCAGAGGUCCACCAGAGUCCACCAGGGUCCACCAGAGUCCACCAGAGUCCACCAGUCCCCACCAGACCAGAGUCCACAGAGUCCACCAGGAGUCACCAGAGUCCACCAGAGUCCAGAGUCACCAGAGUCCACCAGCGUCCACCAGGUCCACCAGCGUCCACCAGAGUCCACUAGAGUCCACCAGAGGUCCACCAGCCUCCACCAGCGUCCACCAGAGUCCACCAGAGUCCACCAGAAUCCACCAGAGUCCACUAGAGUCCACCAGGAGCCCACCAGGAGUCCCCAGAGUCCACCAGCCCACCAGCCUCCACCAGAGUCCACCAGAGUCCACCAGAGUCCACCAGAGUCCACUAGAGUCCACCAGAGCCCACCAGAGUCUACCAGCCUCCAGCCUCCACCAGCGUCCUCCACCAGAGUCCACCAGAGUCCACCAGAGUCCACCAGAGCCCAGAGUCUACCAGCCUCCACCAGCCUCCACCAGCGUCCACCAGAGUCCACCAGAGUCCACCAGAGUCCACCAGAGUCCACUAGAGUCCAGUCCAGUCCACUAGAGUCCACUCCAGAGUCCACCAGAGUCCCAGAGUCCACCAGAGUCCACCAGAGUCCACCAGUCCACAGAGUCCACCAGAUCCACCAGAGCCCACCAGAGUCCACCAGCGUCCACCAGAGUCCACCAGGGUCCCCAGAGUCCACCAGAGUCCACCAGAGUCCACCAGCGUCCACCAGAGUCCACUAG